GCCCAACUGUCAUUUAAAGCUUAGUUGUAGUGACAGUGUAAUUGUUCUCGCUGCCCACUUAAUUAUAUUAAUUUCUUAUGCCUCAUCAUUAUAUUAAGGUUAAAUCAUCUUCAUGUGUUAGUGAUGAAAAUGGAAAUGAAAAUUUAAAGUUAAAAGAACUUCAGCCACCAAUAUAUAACAUCGAAGUGGAUGAUGUACUAUCCAAAUUUUCAAAGCACAUAAUAUUACUUCCACAAUCGGAUCAUGUACGUGUCUUGCAAACAGUUAUAAGGAAUAAAGAUACUCCAAGAAACGAAUUCUUAUUCAAUGCAGAUUGUCUAAUACGUUUAGUAGUUGAAGAAGGCUUAAAUCAACUUCCCUAUGAAAACGUGUGCGUUACGACCCCAACAGGACAUUCAUAUCAAGGUAUAAGUUUUCUUCGUGGAAAUUGCGGUGUAUCUGUUAUGCGAUCUGGGGAAGCGAUGGAACGUGGCCUAAGAGAUUGUUGUAGAUCUAUGCGUAUCGGCAAGAUAUUGAUACAAAAAGCCAAAGAAAACGAUGAUGAUGCAAAAGUAUAUUAUGCUAAAUUUCCACCGAAUAUUGAAAAUAGAAAGGUUCUGUUAAUGUAUCCCAUUUUAGACGACUUUUACUUAACAAGUUAAUCAGCGUGAACACUGACAGCGGGAUAACCAACUGACUAUGUUCCUACCUCUCUGGAAGAGAACAUUACACUGUGUUUGGAGGAAAGUGUUCAACAUCUCUACUGUCUCAUGAAACUGUGCCACAAGGGGCUGUUCUUUCACCUCUUCUUUUCCCUUCUGCAUGAUCUGCCAUCUUCCAUAGAAAACACUUUUGUGAAAUAUGCGAACGAUGUCAUUGUAUGUAUGCCGAUUUCUACCUCUUUACAUCCCAUAGAAAUGGAUGAGUUUUUGUCUCGUAUUGAAUGGUGGUCUGCUGUUAAUUGUCUCAUACUUAAUCCUUCUAAAUGUCAAGCUGUUAGCUUUAGCCUGAGACAUGAACAGUACCUAAGCACCAUGUUGGGAUCCCAUAAUGCUUGUGUCAUUGGAGACUCUGAUAAGCACAAUGUCGAAGAUCAAUUAUCUCGAUGCUACCUUUUCCUCUGAUCUCUUUUGGUCUUCUCAUAUUUUACUGUUAUCGAAGAAAGUUUUCUAUCUGACUUACUACAUAAAGAGGCUGCAUGCUUUGCGGAUUACUCGAUAUUUACUCUUACAGUUUGUCAAUUCUUGCAUGUUACCUAUUAUUCUUUCCUGGGCUUUUGAGAACAGAUUGCUGUAUUGCGAAGAGUGCUGAAGGCAAUUAUCAGAGUGUGUGGUGAAUCUUUUGAGGUCAUUAUUAAUAUGGUUCUGGAUAGACAUCUAAAGUCUUGAAAACUCCUGGCAGGUAUUAUUUUAUCAGAUAUUAAUCAUCCCCUUCAUUCAUAUCUUUCUCCUUGUAUAUAUUCUGGUAGAACGAAACAUCAAUACAUUAAAAUACAUGGAUGCAAGGAAAGGUAUGAAAGUUCUAUAAUACUUUACCUAGCAAAUAUACUUUGUGUCAAAUAGGUUGUUAAAGUUGACCUAGUCAAUAACCUGUAUUCUUAAACAUGUUUCUAGUUGAAAAGACAUAUAGAAUCAGAUCUUUUUUUCACCUUUCUCUUUUCUCUUUUGUGUAAAAGUAACUUGUUGAAAUACCUCGUGUUGAGAAUUUUAUAUUGUACCAAAAUAUAAUAUUGAAUAAAGCCAUUCAUAAUAAUAAGUUUUCUUUGUUACGGCUUACCUUUAAUCUGAUAAUUACCAUAUGCUCGCUAGUAACUAGCAUUGUGACGGAAUUCUCAGAGUCCUGAUGAAAAGCCGUGGCCAGUGGAGCUAAUCCAUGUCAGGUAGAGACAGAUAUCUACGUCAGUACAAUGGAAGAUGUUCGCGAAAUUUCUUGGAUCUGUUGAGGUUAGACAUUAACACCGUUGGACUCCGGCUCAGUGGUCUAUAGGUUAAGCGUUCGCACCCGAGACCGAACACCCUAAGUUCGAAUCCCGAGGGUGGGAUCGUGGAUGCGCACUGCUGAAGAGUCCCGCAAUAGGAUGUAAAGGCCGUUUAGUGCUUCUAGGUUUUCAAUGGUGGUCUAACAUCAAUUGGUUCAUGAUCUUAAGCAGAAAAAUUAAUCUAUCCAGUUGACUUUUUAGUUUUCAUAUAUAAAUGUUCUUAACAAGUAUAUUAUGUGUGAUCAAAUUGUUUGAAAUGUAUUGCACAAAUAUAUCACAUGAUUCUGAUAACUUUCGUCUUUUCAUUGCACUAUUUAAAUUUAUCAAAGUCAGUCAGUUAGUUACGGCGUAGCAUCAGGCACAUAUAUGCAUCGGUCCAAGUUGCCAUACCUCAUUAGCACAGCAAGAUGAACACCGGAUUCAUAGAAAUAGUUAAUUCAAUGGUAGUAAUAUAUAAAAGAAAGCUUGUAUAUAAGGAUAUAAUACGAGAAGAAAGGGACUAAUUGUUUUAAAUAUUCCAAAUAAUGUUAAAACCUUGGAAACAAUUGAGUUUAUUUUUCUCCUAUACUAUUCUAUUGUAAUCUUUUAGGUACUGGAAUAACUGUUUUAAAAGCUCUGGAUGUUUUAAGAACUUAUAAUGUUCCUAUAGAAAAUGUAAUAUUGCUUACUUUAUUUGUAUCACCACAAAGUCUUAUCAAUGUUUUAACACGUAAUCCAGCAUUAAGAAUUGUUACAUCAGAAAUUCAUCCAAUUGUACCAAGUCAUUUUGGUCAACGUUAUUUUGGUACAUUUUAAUCUAAACUAUUACUAUAUGAUAAUCUUUCUUUUUCCUUCUCAAUCCUUCUAUCUCUUCUUUCUUUUCUUUUCUUUCAAUACUAUUCAAUCUUUUAUCAUAUUAGGUUAUAUAAUAACAUUGUAUUAUUUUGUUUAAAAAUGUUCUUUACUUCAAUUUCAACAUCCUUGCGGUAAUAUCACAUAUAAUUUAUGUAGGGUAUAUUAUAUUCUGUGUUGCCUAUGCACGCACACACAUACAUACACAUACACACACACCCAUCUCCUCCCUCCUCUUUGUAUCAAUAUUGAUAGAUUCAAUGUCAUAUUGAUUAUUGAAUAAUAGAUAUCGAUCAUUGAAUAUUGUACAUUUCUUUUAUUUUUGUUUUCUUUUUAAAUAUUAUUAUUCUCUAUUUGGUAUUAUUUCUAUUACAUAAUGAGAUCUUUUCUUUGUAUACAAUGCAUGUAAUAAUGUCUUGGAUUUCUGAUGUUUAAGUAUUACUGUCUCUUAUUGCCCCCAAAUGCCCUGGUACGGCUGAGAGCGGAGAGAGUCCGCUCUCCCUCUCGAAAUGCUCUCACAUGGUCAUGCGUAUAUAGCCUCUGUCAGGGAAGUCCUACUCACUGCCUUCUCGUGGCAUUACUGUUGUUUACGAAGUUCAGAGGACGAAAAGCGAAUGUCCGGCUCUUUAACCGGACCCCAAACCAAUGGUGCACAUGGGCUAGCUCCAGUAUCCUGCGGGAACAAAUGGCGUAUGAACCAAUCGUUGGUCACCGGCUACCAUGGGACUGCAUCUCCUCACGAUGCUCCACUGCCUUGUGGAUCAGAUCUUCAGGUCAAAGGCUCGGGGUGUGGCCCCCUAAGAAAACCACCUGGUUCGGUUUGGGCACCCGGGCAGUAUCACAGCCCUCACACAAAUCAAUUGAGAUUUGUGUGGCGCAUAUGUAUUUGGUGCCUCCUUG